AUGAGAAUGCUGCGCAAGCAAAUGAUGCUCAGCAUUUGGCAUGCUCUGCUGACGUGCCUGCUCUGGUGUCCUGUGCCGCUUUCCGCUGAGGUAGCCUGCGAGGCAGAACUGGCAUCCCUGAUACAGCAUGCUGCCAGGGCGUCAGCGAACAGCACGUCCAUCCCAAAGGUCAUCUACAUGUACUGGCAACAAGGAUGGCCUUCAAGCACCGCGAAUGUGUCGCUGAAUCUGGUCCGAUCGAGUUGGGAGUUCUUCAAUCCAGAGUUCAAGCUCGUACAGCUAAACCGCACGUCUGCAGACGAGCUGACGAAUCGAAGUGCCUACAUUCCGCAGGACAUCUUCAGCAAAUUGGGUGCACAGCAUCGAGCGGAUGUGUAUAGGAGCCUGCUGCUAUACAAGUAUGGAGGAGUUUGGGCAGAUGCAAGCCUUUUCUGCAACGCACCUCUCACAAGCUGGCUAGACAUGAACAGCAAGGAUCUGAUUGCUUUCCGGCGCGACGAUGGAAAUUUCGGUUCACCGAAGCAGAAGGCUGGCCUUUAUCCCAUGGUUUCUAACUGGUUCCUGGCAGCUCCGCCGCAGUCGCACAUGAUGUCCGAGAUGGUAAAAGUUAUCAGUAACCCUAGUGAGCAGUGGCGACUUGGAUCGGAAUACCACUGGAUGCACCGCAUCUUCGCCGAAAUGGCUGGCCGUGAUCCCUACGUGUUCAAACGAAUCGAAGAAGAUUUUCCAACUGCGGACUGGCCACAUGGUUUCCGCAAGGAUUGGAGGGAAAAUGCCUUGGUUCUGAAGAGGAUCGCCAACAACUAUCUGAUGCCGUUCUUCCCUCAGUUCAUGGCGUGCUGUGAUGCCACAGGACUUCGCAAGAUCACAUCCGCUGCAUGCAUGGCGCUGAACUGUAGCAAACCCUCUGUGAACAUCCCUUACCCGCUCAAAAAAGGAGCUAGGCCCCAACCUUCGCACGUGCAGGUGGGUAGCUUGAGAUUACAACAGGUUAAGGGUUGA